AUGCGGCCUGGCGCAACAGGCCUGGCAUAUGUUAUGUUCACGUCAGGAUCGACAGGCAAACCCAAGGGUGUUAUGGUGGAGCACCGGGGAAUCGUCCGGCUAGUGAAGGGGAGCAAUGUUGUGCGCAUGCUCCCACAAGCACCCUCCGUGGCCCAUUUGUCAAACACCUCAUUCGAUGCGUCGGUGUGGGAGAUAUAUGCGGCACUGCUAAAUGGCGGGACUGUGGUCUGUAUUGACUACGCAACGAUUUUGGACAGUCAACGGGUCGCUUCUAUCCUCGGUCUGGAGAAGGUCCGCGUGGCCAUGCUUUCACCCGCACUGCUGAAGCAAUACCUGGGUGAUAUACCUAAUUCCAUCAGCUCACUCGAUGUCCUCUUUGUUGGUGGGGAUCGGCUUGACGUCCGGGAUGCAAUAGAAGCGCAAAGGCUGCUUCCAGGUUGCGUUUACAAUGCCUACGGCCCAACAGAAAACACUGUUAUUAGCACCAUUUACAACAUCACUGAACGUCAAGAAUUCAUGAAUGGAGUGCCGAUCGGACAUGCUGUCAGCAACUCUGGAGCUUACAUCAUGGAUCAGCGGCAACAACUCGUCCCGCCCGGGGUGAUGGGAGAGUUGGUCGUCACAGGAGACGGUCUCGCUCGAGGAUACACCGACCCGGCAUUGGACAAGGAUCGCUUUAUAGAUGUCACCAUCGACGGCCAGGAAGUGAGGGCGUAUCGCACAGGGGAUCGCGCACGCUGCCGGCCGAAGGAUCGUCAGAUAGAGUUCUUCGGGCGCAUGGACCGGCAGAUCAAAAUCCGCGGCCACCGGAUUGAGUUGGCGGAGGUGGAGCAUGCAAUCCUCGGCCAGGAGCUCCAAUAG